UUGGACGAGGAUGUGGAGGGGGACCCAGAGGCAGAGGAUGACUCGGAGGUCAGGGAUGCAGGCAGCCAGGAGCUCUUCUCUACCCCGGAGGAGCCUAGCUAGGCAAAGAUGUCGGAGCUUGGUGAAGCGCAAACAGGAGAGGAGGCCCCUGAGCUGACCUUGGGAGCCCAGCCUCCCUCUUUGUUAUCGCCGGCUGAACGGGUGCACAGAAUUAGAAAGCGGCCACGAAGAACUAAGGAGGACUUUCUUCGUGAAGUCACGACGCACUCUGCAGCCAAAAAACAGGAAUUGAAGGAGUGGCCGGACAGCAAGAAGAGGGACCGAAAGGAGAACACGGCACACCAGAACGGAGCCACGGAGCGGCUCUUAAAGGUUAUGGAGCGCCAAGCAGACGUGCUCCAGGAGCUACUCGCUCUGCAAACCGAGCAGCUCCGCACCUGCCCUCCCCUGCAGCCGCUGUCGCAAAAUUCCUUCCCAUGUGCCCCCCAGACACCGCCAACACACUCUUAUCAACCUCCUGGCUGCGGUCUGUACCCACCGCAGUCCACUCCUGCCCCGUCCCAGUCCAGCCCUGCGGACGCCCAGGACCCAGUGCAUUCAACACCCAUCCCGCUGCAGUUUGGCCCUGCUGUAUUACAGUAUCCACUGCAUUGUACUCCAAAGGAGAAGGCUGGAUAUGAUACCUGGACAUACACAAAUCUUUAACGGUCCCGG